AUGUCUGCAGAACAAACUGAUGUAAGGGCAGGUAAGACAGGUGAACAGCUAGAACUCGGGAAUGAAUCAAAUAAAGAUAAUUCUCUCACUAACGUCCCCCCACCUAAACCGUCUAGUUUAAAUGAAAAAUCUCCCCUUAUCAAUGAAUUCCCCGGUGCGAUCGCCGCGUUCGAGUCGAAUAGUUGCCGUAUGUGUCAAAACGUCGAUAAUAGCCGUAUGGUUCAGUGUGAUUCGUGUGAUAAUUGGUAUCAUUUCGAGUGUGUAGGAGUAACCCAGGAGAUCGAAUACAACGAUUGGAAAUGCUGUAAAUGUGCGAACGCGAAGGCAGUCCAGAUGUUCUCGAGCUCGAAACGGAAUCCUGCGCGAACUGGAAAGACCAGUAAAAGCAACACGAAGGAGAAGAAGUCGACGAAACUGACGAAAAGCUCCCCGAACCAGGUGAAAAGGACAGACAAACAACUUGGAAAUGCGAACCGAAAGAAGAAAGCUGAAGGAAAAGCGAAUAAAGUUAAACCGGAAGAAAAAUUGGAAGAAGAAGCAAAGGAAAAUUGCAGUUUGAAGCAGGACAUUAAAUCAUUAGUGUCGAAUUCUUCACGAAAGUCGGAGCGAGCGGUGCUGGCGCUGAAAAUGAAGCGGCUUGAGGCCGAGCAGACUCUUUUGGAAGAGGAGAUGAAGCGGAAAAGGGAAAUGUUAGAGAGAAAGUUUUCAUUGUUGGAGGACAUGGCUGAAGCCGAGGAACGUAGCAGUACUCAUAACAGCCGUGCUAGUGUUCAGCGCAGUUCAGAUGCCAAAGUGCGCUCAUGGCUGACGGAGAACGAUUCGAAUAAUCCGAAUGAUUCGCAGUCGAGCAUUUCGGGAUCGACCAGUGAUAGUGAAAACGAAGAUGGAAGUUCAACAGAUAAAUACACUACCACAGAAGGAGAGGACGAAGUAAAGUUAUUUCAGCCACCAAAGCAGUCGACUCCCGUGGGUUCUCAGAAUUUAUCGAAGAAUCGUUACCAUCAGUCCGCUAAAAGACGUACGAGUCUUACGAGAAAACAGAUAGCAGCUCGUCAAGUAGUACCUCGCGAUCUUCCGAAAUUUGCUGGUAAUCCAGAAGAAUGGCCGAUGUUUUUGUCAACGUUUGAGAGCACAUCUAAGAUGUGCGGUUAUACAGAUGAGGAAAACAUGAUUCGACUUAGAAGUUGCUUGAGGGAUGAAGCCUUCAACACUGUCCGUAGUCUGCUUAUGAUGCCAUCGACUGUGCCGAAGGCAAUCAGUACAUUGAAGUUACGUUUCGGACAGCCCCAAAUAAUUAUCAAUACGCUAAGAGCAAAGGUGCUAGGAAUGCCACCAAUCAAGCCGGACGCAAUGGAUAAGUUGAUCGAUCAUGCGUUAGCCGUGCAGAAUCUGUGUAGUACAAUCGACGCGUGCGGAAGAAAGGAGUACAAACGAGAUGUCACUCUACUGAAUGAAAUAAUCGGAAAGCUGCCAUCGUCUCUGAAGCUGGAAUGGGCAAGAUACCAACGAAAAACUGCGAAAGUGAAUUUAUUUGUGUAUAGUGAAUGGAUCUACGAUAUUGCAGAAGAUGCUUGCUUGGUGUGCGGACUACAAGGAGGAGAUAAAUACGUUGACUCUCGUAGUAAAUCGAAGGGAAAGGCGUUCCUAAACACUCACUCCGACUACUCACCGUUAGAAACAGCUAAGCAGUAUCCGCCAGAGUCCCAGAAACCAGGACAUAGUCGCGAAAUGACACUAGCUGAUACGAGUAAGUGCUGCUUGAUCUGCAAGGGAAGCUGCAAGAACGCAGGAAAGUGUCCACGAUUCCAAGGUUUAUCGUACGAUGCAAGGUGGGACGCUGUUCGUGAGUUUAGGAUUUGUCGUAGAUGUCUUCGGCAACAUGGCGGUAGGUGUGACGCAAAGCCAUGUGGGAAGAAUGGUUGCACCUUCAAACAUCACCAGUUACUGCACAAAGAGUUGGUAGUUGUUACCGAAAGCGCUGAUAGAAAGUCUUCAAUGAAAGAGGAAACGAAUGUUAACACUCAUCUGUCGAGUUCCGGAGUCAGAAUGUUCCGCUAUUUACCGGUUACACUGUACGGAGCCACGAAGCAGGUAGAAUGCUACGCGUUUCUAGACGAUGGUUCGGAGUUGACACUGAUCGACCAGAAUCUGGCGGAAGACCUAGAGGUAGAUGGAAAACCUAAGCCGCUCUGUCUGAAAUGGACCGGUGGUACUCAACGGUUUGAAUCCGAAUCUCGCAGUGCUGAUGUCGUAGUUAGCGGACAUUCUGGGCGUAAGUUUGUGCUAGAUGAUGUGCGUACAGUGGAAGAUUUACAGUUACCAGUUCAAUCACUCGAUGUCGAUACUCUUAAGAAGAGUUACCCGUAUCUUUGCGAUAUUCCCGUAGCGUCGUACAAAAACGUUCGUCCGCGUAUCCUGAUAGGAUUGAAACACGCCAGAAUAACAUUGGUUCGUCGCAGUCGUGAAGGCAAGAUAGGCGAGCCGAUCGCCGUGAAAACACAUCUAGGUUGGACGAUCUAUGGAAGCAGUAACCUACCGGAUCCUGAUGGAACAGCACAUCGUAUCUACCACAUUUGCGAGUGCAACCACUCUUCCGACGACAGUCUUCAGCGUCUUCAUCGUGCCGUUAAGAGUUUCUUCAGCCUGGAAAGUUUGGGCAUUUAUAAGCCGGAGAAAAUCCAGCCAUCCACUGAUGAAGAGCGAUCGCAACGUUUACUACAAACACUAACAUGUCGUGUUUUAGGCCAGUAUGAAACAGGAUUACUUUGGCGUUAUGACGAGAUCCGUUUGCCCGACAGUAAACCUAUGGCACUAAGUCGAUUGAGGUGUCUAGAGAAACGCUUGGAUCGUGAUCCAGAAUUGACCCGCAUUCUUCGGGAAAAGAUGGCAGACUAUAUAGCAAAGGAUUAUGUUAGGAAAUUAACUGCCGAAGAACUCGAAGAGAAGCAGCAACGAGUGUGGUAUUUACCAAUCUUCCCUGUUAUUAACCCGAAUAAACCCGGAAAGGUGCGAAUUGUCUGGGACGCGGCAGCAUCCGUCCACGGUGUUUCUCUAAAUUCAGUACUGUUAACUGGACCGGAUGAAUUAACUUCACUUCCUGCUGUGUUGUGCCAGUUUCGUGAAUACCGUAUUGCAAUAUGUGGAGACAUCCGCGAAAUGUUUCAUCAGGUGCGCAUCCGUUCGGAAGACCAACACUGUCAACGCUUUCUAUGGCGAGAAAAACCUGAACAGGAGCCAAGUACGUAUAUAAUGAAGGUUAUGACUUUUGGGGCGUGUUGUUCCCCAAGUACAGCGCAGUUUGUGAAGAAUCGUAACGCUGAGCGGUUUCAAGAACAAUAUCCGGCAGCCGUUGAUGCAAUAAUCAGGAAACAUUACGUUGAUGAUAUGUUGGCUAGUGAGGAGUCGGAAGAAGCUGCAAUUGAGCUUGCUAUGGCUGUGCGGCUUAUUCACGCAGAAGGCGGAUUCGAGAUCAGAAACUGGUUGUCGAACUCUCAACGUGUCACAGCUGCGUUACGCGGAGAAACAGCGGUGCACAAGGAUUUGGAUCUAGCGACAGAGUUAGCGACGGAGAAAGUGCUAGGAAUGUGGUGGGACACAUCGAACGACCGAUUGACAUUCAAGGUAUCUUGGGCUCGCUUCGAUGAAGCUCUGCUGAUGGGAACCCGUCGGCCUACUAAAAACGAAGUGCUUCGAGUUUUGAUGACCAUAUUUGAUCCGCUAGGUUUGAUCUCCAAUUAUUUAAUGCAACUUAAAAUAACUCUACAGGAAGUGUGGCGCUCCGGAGUCCAGUGGGGAGAAUUGAUCAAAGACAAACAGUUCGAAGCAUGGAAAAACUGGGUCACGCUUCUUCCUUCUUUGGAACGCAUCAGCAUACCGCGAUGCUUCCGUAAGCAAACGACGGCUAGCAAGUCAACCGUGAUUCAGCUACACGUGUUUGUUGAUGCUAGCGAGAACGGUAUGGCAGCCGCUGCGUACUUGCGCUUCCAGGAUACGAAGAAUAUCGAAUGUACGCUACUGUGUGCAAAGACCAGAGUUGCUCCGCUGAAAUUCCUAUCAAUCCCAAGACUUGAGUUAACUGCAGCAGUGAUUGGAACAAGACUCGUUAACAGUUUGGUCACAGAACUAUCGUUAGAAAUUUCUAAGCGUUUCUAUUGGACCGAUUCCCGCAACGUUCUUUGCUGGUUACAGUCGGAUCAUCGUCGAUACAGCCCUUUUGUAGCAGCUCGAAUCAGUGAAAUAUUGGAAACGACAGAGGUAUCAGAGUGGAGAUGGGUGCCAACUAAGCUGAAUGUUGCAGACGAUGGAACCAAAUGGCAGAGACGACCUGAUAUGAGUCCCAACAGCAGGUGGUUUAACGGUCCGAAGUAUUUACAGCUGUCAGAAGACUUCUGGCCUCCCAUAGUGCACAAGAACAGUGUGACUGACGAGGAGCUACGUCCUAGUGUUCUCCUUCAUCAUCAAGUAUCAUCACCAAUGAUUUCCGCUAGUAACUUCUCCAGCUGGAAGCGACUGUUGCGUGUGACCGGAUACGUAAUUCGAUUUGUGACAAACUUACAACUUCGUGUAAGAAGGAAGGACCUAAUCACCGGUUCAUUGUCCAGCGAAGAGCUCCAGCAGGCAGAGAAAUACCACUUUAAGAGUGCGCAGUUUGAUGUUUUUCCUGACGAAGUCACCUUGUUACAAAAUGAUAGGCCGCAAUCGGAGUCGUCGAAAUCUAUAUCGAAAAGUAGUGCUAUUUAUAAACUGUGCCCCUUUCUUGAUACUCACGGUGUGAUGAGAAUGAAAGGGAGAGUCGACGCGUGUGAGUUUCUGCUCGAUGAUGCAAAAAAUCCGAUAAUCCUACCUCGAGUGCAUCCCGUUACAUGUCUCAUUCUAGCGUACUAUCACGAAAAGUUCCACCAUCAAAAUCAUCGAACGGUCUUGAACGAAGUAAGGCAGCGGUUCUACGUUCCUCGAUUGCGAGCUGUACUUACGAAAACUCGAAGUAGUUGUCAACGUUGCAAGAUUCGGGAUGCCGUCGCGAAUCCACCUGCUAUGGCUGAUCUUCCACCGGCAAGGUUAGCUGCUUUCACACGUCCGUUCGCUCAUACUGGAAUAGACUAUUUCGGUCCUAUCGAAGUCGUACUGGGAAGAAGGGUUGAGAAACGGUGGGGGGUUCUACUGACUUGUCUUACAAUCCGAGCUGUUCACCUAGAAAUUGCCCAUUCUUUAACUACUGAUUCGUGUAUACUUGCCGUUCGAAACUUCAUUGUACGUCGUGGAGUGCCAGUUUCCUUCUACAGUGACAGAGGAACGAACUUUAUCGGAGCAGAUCGCGUGCUACAGGAAGCGUUGCAGGUGGUGAAUCAGGAAAGGCUUAUGCAAGAGUUCACAAGUGCUCAAACCUCGUGGCACUUCAAUCCUCCGGUAUCACCGCACAUGGGCGGCAGCUGGGAGCGACUGAUACAGACAGUGAAACGUAACCUGGGGGAGAUCGUUGGUGGUCGCAGACCGACUGACGAAGAGCUAAAGAACGCGCUCAUCGAGAUCGAGGGAGUCCUGAACACAAGGCCACUCACGCAUGUUCCAGUUGAUGCUGAAUCUGCAGCUGCUCUGACGCCGAACCAUUUCUUACUCGGAUCGUCCAAUGGUUCAAAGCCGUUGACGCUGUACAGUGAGAACGUAGCAGUUUUACGACAUGGGUGGGAACUAUCCCAAGUGAUGGCGAAUCGAUUCUGGAAACGAUGGCUUCGUGACUAUCUACCGGAGAUAACCAGACGAACCAAAUGGUACCAGAAAACUAAACCUAUUGAAGUCGGCGAUAUUGUAAUUAUUGCUGAUCCAGAUCAUCCCAGAAACUGUUGGCCACAGGGUCGCGUCAUCGGUGUGACUAACCGUGACGGUCAGGUAAGACGUGCGACAGUUCAAACGGUAAAAGGGGUCUAUGAACGUCCAGCCGUGAAGCUAGCUGUGUUAGACGUCAGAAGCAAAGCAGAGUAG